CUGGCUGGGCGGGACAUGGCCUGGUGGCCGAUCGGAUCGUCUCUGUUCGCCAGUUCAGAGGGUUCAGGCCUGUUCAUCGGUCUGGCCGGUACUGGAGCUGCUGGAGGCAUCGCUGUCACCGGCUUCGAAUGGAAUGCCACCUAUGUGCUGCUGGCUCUGGCCUGGAUAUUUGUGCCAGUCUACAUCUCCUCAGGGAUCGUGACGAUGCCCGAAUACCUGGGACGUCGAUUUGGAGGAGAGAGAAUCCGAACAUACCUGGCCGUCCUCUCGCUGAUGUUGUCUGUCUUCACAAAGAUAUCAACCGACCUGUAUUCUGGAGCCUUGUUUGUUCAGGUGUGUCUGGGAUGGAACCUCUACCUGUCCACCGUCCUCAUGCUAGUGGUCACUGCUCUCUACACUAUCGCAGGUGGCCUCGCUGCUGUCAUCUACACAGACACUCUACAGACAGUUAUCAUGAUUGUGGGUGCAGUUAUCCUAGCAAUUACUGCUUUCAACAAGAUCGGUGGCUACAGCAACCUGGAGCAAGUGUACAGCAUAGCAGUGCCGAGUAAGAUUAUUCCCAACAGCACCUGCCACCUGCCUCGGCAAGACGCCAUGCACCUGUUCAGAGAUGCCGUCACCGGAGACCUGCCUUGGCCCGGCAUGACUCUGGGGCUCACCAUACUGGCCACCUGGUACUGGUGCACCGACCAGGUCAUUGUGCAACGGUCGCUGUCUGCUAAGAACAUGAGUCACGUAAAAGGCGCAUCCAUCCUGGCGGCCUAUCUGAAGAUACUGUCCUUCAUCUUCAUCGUCCUUCCUGGCAUGAUCAGCAGAGCCCUUUAUCCAGACUCGGUCGGAUGUGUGGAUCCAGAGGAGUGUGUUCGAGUGUGUGGAGCUGAGGUGGGAUGCUCCAACAUCGCCUUCCCCAAACUGGUCAUUGAGCUCAUGCCAAGUGGUUUGCGUGGACUCAUGAUAGCUGUGAUGAUGGCCGCUCUGAUGUCCUCGCUGACCUCCAUCUUCAACAGUAGCUCCACACUCUUCACCAUGGACAUCUGGAAGAAGCAUCGACCGCGAGCCACAGAGAGGGAGCUGCUGCUGGUCGGCAGGAUUGUGACUGUGAUCCUGGUGGUGGUGAGCGUUGUAUGGAUCCCCAUCCUUCAGUCGGCCAACAGUGGGCAGUUGUACGUUUACAUCCAGUCGGUGACGAGCUACCUGGCUCCACCCGUCACUGCUGUCUUCACUCUGGCCGUCUUCUGGAAGAGGACCAACGAGCAGGGUGCGUUCUGGGGCCUGAUGGUGGGUUUGGUGGUGGGAGUGUGUCGGAUGGUGCUGGAGUUCGCCUUCCCUCCACACCGAUGUGGCGUUGUGGAUUCAGCUCCCACAGUGCUCCGCAGCGUCCACUACCUGCACUUCGCCAUCCUGCUCUGUGGACUCACUGCUAUCGUGGUUGCCGUGGUUUCACUGCUCACGCCACCGCCCACCCACGAGCAGGUGUGUAACCUCACCUGGUGGACGAUAACUGAAGAGCCACAGAGAGAAAUCCCUCUGCAGAAAGUGUCCUCUGUCAGCCACCGUAGCUCCCAGGGCUCUGAACCAGCCCGGCGGGUGACGUGUGGUCGUGGGACAGGAUUGUGUAUCGCAGCGGUGCGGCAGUCGGACGAUUCUCCGUCUCCCAGAGUUCCCAGUGUCCGAGAGAGUGUGUUCUGGUCUCGGUUCUGCUGCAUCAACGCCAUCCUCCUGGUCAGCAUUAACAUUUUUCUGUACGCCUACUUCGCCUGAGUGGAGGAUCAGAUUUAACAUCCUGCCUCGCCCUCCUGCUCCACCACAUGAACUGGAAACUCCACCCGCCUGCAAAAACUGAUCUGUUUAUAUCAGUAGGUACAAAAACAAAUGCAUCUUUACGGAGAUUUCUGCUGAACCCUGAAGGCAAUGUGCAUUUAACAAUAUAUAUAAAAAUAUAUAGAUGUAGCUAAAAAUACUAAAAAUCACCAACAUUUAGGAGUAGAAAAUAGACACACACACCCCAAAGGAUUUAACAGCCAAGAUUAUAAACAUAAAUCAGACCAAAAAAAAAAAAAAUCACAGGAAUAAAAUGUUUGAUGACACCACAAGGAAACAUGACAGGAAUUCCCAAUAAAAAUAUUUUUUUUUAAUUUUCUAAAUAAAAUUUAAAACAUGGGUCUCUAAUUUAUAAAAAAUAAAAUAAGUAAAAAUAAAAUACAGAGGAUAUUCAAAUGAAACCGUUACACCAGUGCGCGUUCUUAUUUGAACAUAAAAUCAAAGUAAAAAGACUUUUUAUCUUCUUCUUUCUUAAAUAAUCAGAAUUCUGGCAGUGAUCUCAAUUAAAUGCAAUUCAGAAAAUCAACUCAUUUAAAGAUUUUUUUUUUAGAAAACCCUGUAAACAGAAAGCUGCAGUAAACUAAACAUAACAGGCUGGCUGCUGGAAUUAUUUAUAAUCACCUUAUUAUAGACACACAGCUUAAAAAUGUUUGGAAUUUUUUAAUUUCUAAACUUUAUCCUCUUUUCAAAGCUUUUUUUAAAUGUAAGGUUUAAAAGGAUUUUUAUUUGCAGUUAAACAUGUCAUCAAAUUUAAAGCUCAAAAAUGUAUAGUAGUAAGAAUAUGUGGUUUAGUUUGUUUGUGACUUUAAUUUUAUUUUGAAAUUAUACUCAUUCAGUUAAUGUUUCCUGCAUUAUAUAAAUAUGUUUGUGUCUGUGAUGAUAUUUAGCUCAUUUUCAACAGAAAUUUCAGAUUUUCCUGGCAUGACAUAUUAUUUUAUAUGAGAAUUAUUACUGUCAUGCAAAUUUAAACAUGACACACUUCAUUUUGCUUAAUAUUCAAGAGUGCAGUUUCAUAUCAUCCAAACAAAAAAAAAUAUGUAUACACCCCUGUCAAAGGUUUUGAGACACUUUCUCAUUCAAAUAAAUUAGAACCUGUCGCAAAACUUUUGACAGGGGGUGUAGACAUAUGGAAAUUUUUCAUUCAUUUUUUUACUAUUACAAGUUAUCAGAACUAAAAAUUGUAAAUCAGCUCAACAACAGAGCUUCACAAAGGAAAUUAUGACGACUCACUGUGUUUGUUUCUGACUAUUCUGGUGUAAUUCCUUAGGAAAUAUUAAGUACUGAGUGUUGGAUGUGAAAAAUUGUCUUGACAAAUGUUUAUUUUUCUUGUGAUAUCUCAAAUAAAUGAAAGAUAUGUGCAGCACA